AUGAUUUUGCCGCAUUGUAAAUCACUGAGUGAUGAAGAAAACCUGAAGCUGUUUGGGAAAUGCAACAAUCCAAAUGGCCAUGGACACAACUAUAAAGUUAUAGUCACUGUGCGUGGAGAGAUUGACCCAGUCUCAGGAAUGGUUAUAAACCUGACAGACCUGAAAGAAUAUAUGCAGGAGGCGAUCAUGGAACCACUUGACCACAAAAAUCUGGAUAAGGAUGUGCCGUACUUUGCUGAGGUUGUGAGCACCACAGAGAAUGUUGCAGUAUUCAUCUGGGAAAACCUCAAGAAGCUCCUGCCCAUGGGAACUCUUUAUAAAGUCAAAGUGUAUGAAACGGACCAGAACAUUGUUGUUUAUAAAGGAGAAGAAACAAUCUCUGAGAAGUGA